UCCUGGUUCCUGCCGGGGACGGAGAAGAACCUGAGCGUGCGGUGCCAGCAGGAGCUGGGCCCCCUGGUGCUGCUGCGGCUGCACAAGUGGCGGCUCUUCCUGGAGGACGCCUGGUUCUGCCGGGACGUCCGCGUCACCGCGCCCGACGGGACCCUCUUCCGCUUCCCCUGCCACCAGUGGCUGGAGGGCGUCACCACCCUGGAGCUGCGGGAGGGCACAGCCAAGAAGAUGGUGGAUGAUGAGCUGGAAAUCCUCAAGGAGCAUCGGAGGAAGGAGCUGGAGGCCCGGCAGGAGGCCUACAGGUGGAAGUCCUUCGCGGAGGGCUGGCUCCGCUGCCUCAACGUUGACUCCAUCCGGGAACUCGACUCCAACGCUCAGUUCUCCCUCACCAGGGCCACCAACUUCGGGGGUGUCCUCAUCAUCGAAGGGGCCACCCACCUGCUGAGCGGGUUCCUCCUGCGGCAGAGCUCCUGGAAGAGCCUGGACGAGAUGCGCUCCAUCUUCUCCCGCUCGCAGGGCAGGGACAUCGUGCCCGAGUUCGUGGCCCAGCACUGGGAGGAGGACGAGUUCUUCGGGUACCAGUACCUGAACGGGAACAACCCCAUCCUGCUGCGGCGCUGCCGGGCCCUGCCCCCCAACUUCCCCGUCACCUCCUCCCUGGUGGCCCCGGCGCUGGGGGGUGACACCAGCCUGGAGCAGGAGCUGGAGGCCGGGAGGGUCUUCCUGGUGGACUAUGAGGUUCUGGAGAAGGUCCCGACCGGGCUGAUCCACGGGAGGAAACAACACGUCACUGCCCCCCUGAUCCUGCUGCACCAGGGCAAGGAUGGGCAGCUGCGGCCAGUGGCCAUCCAGCUGAGCCAGCAGCCGGGCCCCUCCAGCCCCAUCUUCACGCCGCGGGACCCGCACUGGGAUUGGCUCCUGGCCAAGACCUGGGCCCGCAACGCGGAUUUCUACGCGCACCAGCUGCUCACCCACCUGCUGCGCACCCACCUGCUGGCCGAGGUCUUCGCCGUCGCCUCCCUGCGCCACCUGCCCGCCUGCCACCCCCUGGCCAAGCUGCUCCUGCCCCAUUUCCAGUUCACGCUGCACAUCAACACCCUGGCCCGGAGCGUCCUGAUCAACCCUGGGGGGCUGAUCGACAGGGGCUCAGGGCUGAGCUACGAGGGGCUGCAGCUGGUGGUGCGUCGGGGUCUCUCCCGCGUCACCUUCCGCUCCCUCUGCCUCCCGGACGACAUCUCUGACCGCGGCGUCGCCGACAUCCCCAACUAUCACUACCGGGACGACGGGCUGCGCCUCUGGGCGGCCACCCAGAGGUUUGUCACUGGCAUCGUCACCUUCUACUACCACGACGACGCGGCAGUGCAAGGGGACAGCGAGGUCCAGGCCUGGGUGGAGGACAUCUUCACCAACGGCUUCCUGGGCAGGACCUCCUCAGGGAUCCCCUCCUCCCUGCAGACCCGGGCUGAGCUCACCAAGUUCCUCACCAUGAUCAUCUUCACCUGCUCCGCCCAACACGCGGCCGUCAACAAUGGGCAGUACGACCUGGGCGCCUUCAUGCCCAACGCCCCCUCCUCCAUGCGCCACCCCCCACCCACGGCCAAGGGCAAGGCCUUCCUCCAGGACUUCCUGGACACCCUCCCUGAGGUGGACACCACGGCCACCAUCCUGGUGACCCUGAUCCUGCUCAGCUCCCGCCUCAAGGACACGAGGCUGCUGGGCCGGUACCCCGAGGAGCGCUUCACCGAGGCGGAGCCGCGGAGCCUGAUCCGGAGCUUCCAGGCGGAGCUGGAGGAGAUCAGGGACCUGAUCGAGGAGAGGAACCACCAGGCCCAGCUGAGAUACAACUACAUGAACCCCCUGGAGGUCGAGAACAGCAUCUCCAUCUGA